ACUUGACUAAUUCAGACUCUAGCCAUCAAAGAAGAGAUGAAGAUUGAGCUCGUGUUCAUACCAUUGCCGGGGAUUGGUCAUCUCCGGCCAACGGUGAAGCUGGCGAAGCAACUUAUCAGCAGCGAUAACCGUCUUUCAAUCACCGUAAUCCUCAUCCCUUCAAGAUUCGACGCUGGUGAUGCAUCAGCAUGUAUGGCAUCCCUCAUCACAGCGUCUCAAGAUCGACGCCUCCGUUACGAACCAAUCUCCGUCGCGAAACAGCUGCCAAUCUCCGAUCCGGAUCCGGCUCAAGUUUACAUCGAGAAACAAAAGGAGAAAGUGAGAGAUGCGGUCUUGAGAAUCCAAGAUCCAACAAGAAAGCUCGGAGGAUUCGUGGUGGACAUGUUCUGUUCCUCUAUGGUCGAUGUAGCUAACGGACUUGGAGUUCCGUGUUAUAUGAUGUACACAUCGAACGCUACGUUUCUUGGAAUCAUGCUUCACGUUCAACAAAUGUACGAUGAGAACAAGUAUGACGUCAGUGAGUUGGAUGACUCGGUCAACGAGUUGGAGUUCCCGUCUCUGACUCGUCCUUAUCCUGUGAAGUCUCUUCCUCAUAUCCUCACUUCGAAGGAGUGGUUACCUCUCUCUCUAGCUCAAGCUAGGUUGUUCCGGGAGAUGAAGGGUUUCUUGGUAAACACAGUUGCUGAGUUAGGACCUCACGCUCUGAAAAUGUUCACUGGUGAUGAUGAUCUUCCUCAGGCUUAUCCAGUUGGACCAGUGUUGGAUCUUGAAAACGGUUCUGAUAAGGACGAGAAGUCAUCGGCGAUCUUACAGUGGCUCGAUGAGCAACCGGCUAAAUCUGUUGUGUUUCUCUGUUUUGGUAGCUUGGGAGGUUUCACUGAGGAACAAACUAGAGAAAUAGCUGUGUCGUUAGACCGAAGUGGUCACCGGUUUCUUUGGUCUCUCCGUCGUGCAUCUCCGAAUAUAAUGACUGACCGUCCCGGGGAUUUCACAGAUUUGGAGAUGGUUCUUCCGGAGGGGUUCUUGGACCGGACAUUGGAUAGAGGGAAAGUGAUUGGAUGGGCACCACAAGUGGCGGUACUAGCGAAACCAGCGAUAGGAGGAUUCGUCACUCACUGCGGGUGGAACUCGAUACUAGAGAGCUUAUGGUUCGGUGUCCCAAUGGUGGCAUGGCCACUCUACGCAGAGCAGAAGGUAAACGCGUUCGAGAUGGUGGAAGAGCUGGGACUGGCUGUGGAGAUAUGUAAGUACUUGAAAGUAGAUUUGUUCGCUAAAGAGAUGGAGACGGCUAAGGCGGAGGAUAUAGAGAAAGCCAUUAGGCGUGUGAUGGAACAGGACAGUGACGUUAGGAACAGAGCCAAGGAGAUGGCGGAGAAAUGUCAUGUGGCGUUAAGGGACGAUGGAUCUUCGCAGGUGGCUUUGCAAAAGUUUAUUCAAGACAUUGUUAAGAAUGUUGCUUAAACAUUUCAUUUGUUUCCAUCUUUAAAAGAUCUUCAUCAAAAUAAGAAGUUAUGUAAUUGCUACACAAGUCUUUUAGCAGUGGCGCCAAGCUACAAGCGUGAUUGCUUUAACAAAUUAUUAGAGACGUACUGAUCGA